AUGGGAAUGCAAGUUGUAGACUACCGAGUAUCAACACUUGUCGUACUUUGUAAAGAUUGCGGCAAUGAUGUCGGCCUUUAUCCUGCCAGACACAAAUGUCAAGACGUGAUCCGUCCUGCAAUGCCAACAUUACCAGCAAAGUACGCAAACCUUCCAGACUCAUCCCUGCAAGUUCCCCGAAAGACUCCCCCUCCUCUUGAGAGCAGCACUUCAUCAUAUGGAAGUUCGUCUACCUCCACAGUAGGAUUUCCUCCUAGUCCUAAAUUUUCGUCUUCCGCCACCUCAGAGACCACAACUACCAGCAAAUGGGCUCGCUUUGGAAAAUCUACACCUACACCACGGGAAGAACCAAAUGAAGACGAAGAAGAAUCAAUUUAUUUCAACAAAUUCGCAGCCAAUCUUCCUGACUCUCAUUCUGACUCUCCACCAGUAACUGGAAAAAAGUUAUGGGGAAAAGUCAGAACAAAUGAAAAAUGGAAACAGUUGAACGAGAGUGCUGAGAAGCCAAAGCAGACUGGAAAGAUUUGGGGGAAAAUUAUCCAAGCAACUCACAGCAUAGCCGAAGCCAGCUAUGUGGAUGAGAAGGGUCCAGAAUCCGAUGAAUCUGACUGGGAAGGAGAAUCUCAUGUAUCAAGAGUGCUACGAGAGCAUUACGAAAAAAAGCGCGAGGCCCUUCCAGCUUGGUUACGAGACGAACGUACUUCUACCCGUCGAAUGGCAGAACCAACCUCUCCGGAAAGACGCCAUAUGGAUGUAGAGCCUGUCAGAGCCGAUAGAAAUUCAGUCGGUAGACGCCAACGUUUGUGGGCAAGCACUCCAGAUAGUGAUCGUGUUCUGUCUAAAAGAGAACAAGAACUUCAAGAUCUACGACAAGCGCAGGCAGCAGUACCAACAGUUUACGAAGAACCACCCGCUCCACGAGGAAGAGAGGAUCCUUAUUCUGAGAACAUCUACAACAAUCCCAAGAGUAGUUACUCGGGUGACAAUUAUAAUCGCCAACCCCAGAGCUACAAUCGCGCCGAUAAUUAUGAGCCCAAGCGAAACCAGAGUACAUCAAGAGAACACCCUUACGAAGAUUCUUAUCAGUCUCGUUCAAACCAUCAAGACCAACGAUCAGGCCGUUAUGAUAAUCAUGUUGAACAUGACAGAAGACAACAGCCACAACAAUCAUACCGACAUCAGGAAUACGAAAACUCUCGAGGAACAGAUCCCAGUUCAGCACCACGUCAAAGACCACAACAAUACAUUAAUGAUAAGGAUUUUAACCCCUCAAUUCCAAGCUACGGACGCCCUGCUCAGCGUAGUCAACGAGAGAUGCAAAAUCGCCCUGGACGUUAUGCUGAAACCGCUGGCGGAUACUUUUGA